AUGGUAAAGAAGAUUAAGAAACUUAAAGAUGUUAAUGCACCAGUAAGACCAUUGUCUGCAUAUAUGUUAUAUGCACAGAAGAGAAGAAAGGAAAUGGCAGUAGAAGAAAACAAUCUAAUAGCAAUGAAAAAAAGUACUGAAAUUGUAUCUAAAAUAGCUGAAGAGUGGAGAGAGUUGGAAGAGGAUGAAAAGAAAGAAUUUAGAGAAGCUGCUUCAGCUCUUAAUGAACGAUACAAAGUUGAUUUAGAGGCUUAUAAACAGACUGCGGAAUAUGCAGACUUCCAAAGAAAAAAGAAGGAGCAAGAAGCUAUUUCUGGUGAAGAUUCUAAGAAAUCUAAAACGUCAAAGAAAGAGAAGAAAGCAAAGAAAGUCAAAAAAGUUGAAAAGGAAAAUAAUGUUCAUGAUGGUUCUGAUUCUGGUAUUUCAGAACAACUUUGA